GAGUUCUGAUGGCGUUACGUCACUUCCUGGUCUGGUCUGCAUGAUGGCGGUGUCCAUGACAGCCCUGGCACAUUGACUACGUCUGGGGGUGUGCAGUUUAUCCUAACUUUAAACUGGGUGCGUUUGCCAGCAGAUAACCAUAACGGAAAUCCUCGUCACUGAAUAUUUAAUGAAGUGAAUCGCAGGUAAUCAUGGCGCUCCACAGACUGUCCUUCAGACUACGACAGACGGUCACACAUGUCAGGUCCCUUCAUACCAGUGGAUGUGGGCAGCAGCAGGAGGCUGCAGCAGUUGAGACAGUACCUGAGCCCUUCUCAGUUUUUAGAACUCAGGAGAAUGAUCCGGCCUGUCAGUCAGAGAAACUUAUCGGACAGUAUUACACACUGCCCCCUGCACGCAUCAAGACCUUGUUCCCUCAUGGGUUACCUCCACGCUAUCAACUACAGAUAAAGACAUUUAAUGAAGCCUGUAUGAUGGUGAGGUCGCCAGCUCUAGAGGUCAUCUCUUACCUGAAGAAAACAGACUACAGCAAACCUGCUAUGCGAUAUUUAUUCUAUGGGACGAAGGGCAGUGGGAAGACAAUGUCUCUCUGUCACGCAGUCCACUACUGCUAUACACAGGGAUGGCUGGUUCUGCAUAUUCCCGAUGCUCACCUCUGGCUGAAGAACUGUAAAGAACUGCUGCCUUCAUCCUACAACACCUCUCGCUUCGAUCAGCCAUUACAAGCCACUGAAUGGUUACGCAACUUCAGAAUCACCAAUGAGCCGUUACUGUCUAAGAUUAAGACGAAGCAGCGCUACAUUUGGACAAAGAGAGAGUUCACUGAGGAGGGAGCUGUGCUAGGAGAGCUGGUGGAUCAGGGAAUCACUCGUGUGAAGAGCAGCAGUGAUGUGGUGGGGGCGGUGAUGAAGGAGCUGAGGCUGCAGAGCGGGCAGCCGGAGUCAGACUUCCGCAUGGCCGUGGCAGUGGAUGGUGUCAACGCCCUGUGGGGAAGAUCCACCAUCAAGAAGGAGGAUAAGAGCGCUGUAGAUCCAGAGGAGCUCACGCUGGUUUAUAACCUGAGGAAGCUGAUGAAGAACGACUGGACUGGAGGCGCCAUCAUCACCACUCUGGCUCAGACGGGGUCUCUCUACACUCCAAAGUCUGCCUACUUGCCUCAAGAGCUGCUGGGGGAGAGGGGCUUUGACAGCAUGGACCCGUUCAUCCCGGUGUCAGUGCCCAACUACAGCGAGAAGGAGUUUGAGAGCUGUUACCUCUACUACAUUGACCGCCAGUGGCUGCAGCAUCCACAGAGUCGAACAGAGGAAGGGAAGAAAGAAAUCAUCUUUCUGUGCAACAGAAAUCCAUCGAUGAUGGACAGAAUUUGUGCGUUCCUAUAAAGUUACAUAAAUAUGUUAAUCACACACAGAUAUCUCACUCAAAUAUCAGUGUCCUGGAAACAUAAACAUACAGAUGUCCAUGUCUAUAAUACAUUUCCCUCUGUAAAUUAUGAUGCAUGUGUGUUACUUUCAUAAUAAAAUGUUGAGUCAUGUUAAAAAGAA